AUGGCCAGCCUGACGUUCAAGGAGGACGGCGCGGUGAAGGGCGUGUUGGAGAGGUUGCAGUCUUCGACUUCGACACCAUCACCGCCGCCGCCGCCGCCGCCGCGGUCGCAAUCAUCACAGUCGAUGUCGCUGCGCCGCCAGCGUACGGCCAGCGGAAACAACAUCGCUGCCGCGGCCACCAAUGCGGCCACCAAGCUGUCUUCGGUGUACGGUGUCGUCGGCAGCUUUGCGGGGUCUUUGUACGACACAAUCCAGGUCACGUGCCCUGAACUGCUAAUCGACCUCACACGGCCGGGGCCCCAGCAGCUACCGAGACUGCGGACCGCCCUGCACGACGCGCUGCUGUACAACGACCCCAAACAGGUAACGGGUGGCAAAACGGCCGAAGAGGUGUCAAAGCGCCUGGCGACCAGUCUGCACGCGCUCUUCGUGGAGGACGGCUCUACAGCCGCCGCCGGAAGUGUCGGUGUCACUGGCAGAGCUGCCAGGACGGCGACGGCGGCAAGCGUUGCUGGUGGUGGCGGAGGCGGCGGAGGAGGCGCCGCUGCCGCUGGCGGUCCAGCAACGGAUCCGUCCGCCGGUGCAGCGGAUUCGGAUUCGGACUCAGAUUUUGAAGCAGCAGCACGCGACGAGGGAGAUACGGCAGAAGACCCACGGGACGCUCCGCCCAGCUAUAAGGCAAAACUCUUUAACGAUACCGUUGACAGGAUUGCUCGUCGCUUUGGGGAGAAUACCAUCAUGCGGCUUUCGGAGAGUGUGUCGGCUAACGUCGACACCUUCCCUAGUGGUAGCCUCACCUUGGACGCGGCGCUGGGUGGCGGGUAUCCGAGGGGCCGCAUCAUCGAGGUGUACGGUCCUGAGGCGAGCGGCAAGACUACGCUGGCCAUGCACGCAUGUGCGGAGAUCCAGCGGCUGGGCGGGACGGUUGCGUACAUCGAUGUGGAGCACGCGUUUGACCGGACGUACGCUGAGCGGUUGGGUAUUAACCUAGAGAGCUUCUGGUAUUCCCAGCCCAUGACGGGCGAGGAGGCGCUGGAGGUGAUGGAUGAGUUGUGUCGCUCCAACGUGUGCGACCUGGUGGUUAUUGACAGCGUGGCGGCACUGGUGCCCAGGGCGGAGCUGGAGGGUGAUAUCGGUAACGUACAGAUUGGCUCUCAGGCCAGGUUGCUGAGCCAGGCGCUCCGCAAGCUGUCUGCCAGUGCAGCCAAGAGCAAGACUACGCUGUUCUUCAUCAACCAGCUCCGAAACAAGAUCGGCGUCAUGUUCGGCAAUCCCGAGACCACAGCUGGCGGCCAGGCUCUCAAGUACUACAGUAGCGUACGAAUUGACAUCCGGAAGAAGGAGACGCUGACGCAGGGCGAGCAGGCGUACGGCAACCGUGUACGAGCCAAGGUGGUCAAGAACAAGGUGGCGCCGCCGCACAAGGAGGCGAUGCUUGAGAUUUACUAUGGUCGCGGCAUCGACUUUUUGGGCGGUCUGGUGGACACGGCUGAACGGCUCCGGGUGCUCAAUCGCAAGGGCGCCUGGUACUACAUGGGGGAGAUGCGGCUAGGCCAGGGCCGAGAGAAGAUGCUGCAGUUGUUGAGGGAGGACCCAGAUCGCUGCGCCGCAAUCGAGAACGCUGUACGUGAGAUACUGAAGGCCAACCCAGAUGCAGCACUUGUCGAUGUGGAGGCCGGAGACGACGACGGACCAGACCAGACAGUGGGGCUCGACCUGGAUGACCUCUGAUACCGCCUUACCUAAUACAGAGACUUUUGCCCACCACCACCACCAUCGUCACCACCGCCACCAGUCGACUCGCCGUUUGAAGCUCUACAAACCAAACCUUGGCGUUUCUCUUUACUGCUUUUCUCCCGUUCUUGGCUUUCUCUAGGACGCUCUCACUUGCUGC